AGGACACUGUCGUUUGGCUCCUUUUAUCCAUGCACAAGCACAGUGCUGCACAGAGACCUUAAGAAUCAAGAACAAAUUGAACCAGGUUUCUGUUCUAUACUGUCCUGAUAUUCAGUGAUUCUUUCACCGUUAUUUUCUUUAUAGUUAUUUUCGUGUGUAUUUUUAUUUUAUUUGUCAGCAGUGGAUACUGGACAAAAUGCAGAAGGAAACCAAGACAAAAAUCUUGUUUUUUGUGCUUAUGGUGGGCUCCUUGUGCAUGUUAACAGCAGUGGUGACAGACCACUGGGCCGUGUUGAGUCCUCGAGUGGAGAGCGUAAACUCAACAUGUGAAGCAGCCCACUUUGGCCUUUGGAGACUUUGUAAGAAACACAUCUACAUUGAGGAUGAGGAAUUGAUUGGUAAAGGUUGUGGACCUAUCAGCUUACCAGGGGAUAUCAACUGCUCUUACUUCAGACACUUCACACCAGGGGAAGAUUCUGAGAUCUUUGAAGUCAAAACUCAAAGAGAAUACAACAUCUCAGCAGCUGCCAUAGCCAUCUUCAGUCUUGUCUUCAUGAUUCUGGGCACAUUGUGUUUGUUGGGAUCCCUUAGAAAGGGAAAGGACUAUCUGUACAAGCCUGCUGGCAUGUUCUUUGCUUUUGCAGGUCUAUGUGCCAUCAUCUCAGUAGAGGUAAUGCGUCAGUCAGUCAAGAGGAUGAUAGAAAGUGAGGAGACUAUCUGGAUCGAGUAUUACUAUUCCUGGUCUUUUGCAUGUGCGUGCACGGGUUUUGUCCUACUCCUCCUCAGUGGAAUUGGUCUGCUGCUCAUCUCCAUGCCACAGAUGCCUAGAAAUCCCUGGGAAACCUGCAUGGACGCUGAGCCUGAACAGAUAUAGAGCAUGAAUUCCAGAUGCCAGCAGGUAAACCAUUGUCUCACAAUAUAUAUAGACCUCUUUGAUACAGUGUCAGAGCUUGACAAGCAGAGGUCAUAAAAUUAGAUCAGUAAUUUCCUUUUUCCCCUUGCAAACUGGCACUGAAGAAUAAAGGUGUGUAACACACCCGAUAACAUCCAAGCCAGCAAGUAGCCAAGCUUUUCAAUCUUUAUAUUAUUAUUAUUUACAAAUAUAUGUCAUUUUAAGAUCGUAAUGUAUAAAAUCUUAAAUCUUUGAGAUGUAUAUGAAGAGUGCAGCUGGCUUUAUGUAGCUGGAGAUUUUGUGUAAUAAUGCUGUACAUUAACGGACAUACAGGGAAAGUUUACGACAUGAAAAUGGUUUAAGUGGAGAAGGGUUGAGAAAGAAUUGUGAUUGUUACAUUAUUGAAGGAUUGAAGAGUUUAUUAGCAUCUGGCUAACAUAAUUUAAGGAUGAUGUAUUUAGAAAAGUUUAUCUGCACUAAUUUGCAGACAGUGAAUAGUAAGAAAAUAAAACUCAAUAGGCAGUGGUGUAAUGCCACAAGAUUUUGCUUCCGAAAGCAUUAUUCAUGUCCUGUAUAUGGAUUUAUUUUAUUUUAUUUCUUUUUUUUAAGAUGUGUGAAUGCUACUUUGGGUUUGUGUUUAAUAAAUCAAAUUGUAUUAAGUCAUUUUAACAAUAAUUCUCUUUUGCCCGGGCACAGUGAUGCUCUCAGCUGCCCUGAGCAGAAUGUAAAUGGUCUGCUGUGGUUACUGAAUGCUUGGCCAGACAUUUUGGAAUAAUUUCAGAUCUUGCAGGUGCAAAGAAAAUGGUAUCAAUCUCACUCUUAUGUGAAACAGUAAAAUUAUUCUGAGACUUUCCAAGUCUACAGGUUCCUGAAAUGCACCCAUAAACUGUGUUUACAAGCUUGAAAUGGAUUGGUGUGCUUCAGUAUUUUUUUGAGUGGAAUGUACUUCUGUGCUUUAUAAUUUAGGAACCUCUCAGGAAUUGUGGUCAUUUUUGGGUCUGCAUAAACCCAAUUUAUCUAUGUAUCAAGCUGUAACCUACAGAUCAGAACAAAUCUGCGCCCUGUUUUUUGGGUGGUGAUUCACCCAAUGUAUAAAAAAGAUAUUAACAUCAAAUUGUCUAUUUAAAUUUAUCAGCCUUUUUGACAUUCAUUUAAAUACUACAGCACCUUUUAAUUUGCUUAAUGGGCUUAAAAAGUCUUAUUAGGCCUGGUUCCUCAACAAAUUAUUUUGUAAAGUUGGCAAUAGGAUUUAGAAUGUGGGAGAAUCACUGCCACUGCCAAACACCAAUAGGAGCCACAGCCUUGAUCAUGUUUCUCUCUCUUCUCUCCUAUCACUUCCUGUCAUUGCUUUAAUAUAAUGUUUUUGUAAGAGUUUGUAGUGGCAGUUAGAAUUGGUCUUUCAGUGAUAUUUUACCAUAUGCUGAGGCAAAUUCAUAAAGUCAUGUUUAAUUUGGCAGAUAAAACUGUAAUUAUUUCUUUUAAUGUUGUUUGCAUGCAGAACAAGAGACCAUGGAUGUUUGGAUCGUGUUAUGCUACCCAACAGAAUAAAUGUAUUUCUGGUUUUACAACCAUGUCAUGUAUUUCUAAUAAAAAAUUAAGCUAA